AUGGCUUCCGAGAGCGCCGCCGAUUCCGGCGCGCCGAACCUGAACCUGACCCCCGACGAGAAGCGCGUGUACGGCCAGCUGUUCCGCCAAGCUGACACGGACAAUGUUGGCGUGGUGACUGGCGAAAUUGCCGUCAAGUUCUUCGAUAAGACGAGGCUCGACUCGAGGAUUCUAGGCGAGAUCUGGCAAAUCGCGGACAAAGAGAACCGGGGAUUCCUCACCCCUGCGGGCUUUGGAAUUGUACUGCGACUCAUCGGCCAUGCGCAAGGCGGUCGCGAACCCACCCCAGAGCUGGCACUACAGCCGGCUCCGAUACCACGAUUCGAUGGCUUCACUCCGGCACCUGCGCCAUUAUCGGCGCAGACAACUGGGUCCGGAGCCCCUGGCCCAAUACAGGCGCAAGGCACUGGCGGGUUGAUUCGCAUCCCGCCCUUGACUCCGGAAAAGGUGGCCCAAUACAACGGGCUGUUUGAGCGACAGACUCUCGGCCCGGGUAACCUGCUUCCAGGAGAUCAGGCCAAGUCAAUCUUUGAGAAGUCAGGGCUGCCCAACGAGAUUCUGGGACGCAUCUGGCAGCUUGCAGAUACGGAGCAGCGUGGGGGUCUUGUCAUGACCGAGUUUGUCAUCGCCAUGCAUUUGUUGACUUCUAUGAAGACCGGUACUCUGCGCGCCCUCCCCAACAUUCUUCCCGCCGCGUUGUAUGAGGCGGCGACAAGAAGGGCCCCUCCCGGGGGACCAAGGCAGCAAAGCCCGACCCAUACCGGACCUCCAGUACCAGCUAUCCCCAGGCAGCUGAGCGGGCAGGCGCAGAUGCGAACCGGAAGUCCGCUUGGCCGGCCCCCACUUGGGCCUCAGUCCACGGGAGAAUGGCUGGUCACACCGGCCGAGAAGGCACGAUGUGACCAGCUCUUCGAAGAGCUUGACAAGUCCAAAAAGGGGUUCAUCUCUGGGGAGGAAGCUGUGCCGUUCCUGAGCCAGUCAGGACUCCCCGAGGACGCGUUAGCCCAGAUUUGGGAUCUCGCCGAUUUCAAGUCCGAAGGCCGGCUGAACCGAGACACGUUCGCCGUCGCCAUGUACCUCAUUCGCCAGCAGAGAAACAAGCGCGACGGUCCCGUGCCGCUGCCUGCUUCACUGCCCCCGAAUUUGAUCCCCCCGACCAUGCGGAGUCAAGUGCGGCCCCCUACGGCCACAGCUUCCGCGUUUGAGCCACCCGCACAGCCACCACCCGUGCCGGCACCUCAGCCCAAAUCCGCCUUGGACGACCUCUUUGGGCUCGACUCCGCGCCCUUGUCUCCAACACUACCUGCGCAAACUGCCAUGGCCACUGGCGGAUCGACCGGCGCCGUAGAUCCCUUCGCCGGUGGCCCAAGCUCACCUGCCAAGGCGUCCCCAUCCACGUCGACCUUUAAACCCUUCGUUCCCUCGUCCUCUUUUGGCCGGACCCUCACAUCGCAUGCCACAGGGGACUCCACCGGCUCUGCACCUGCUGCAUCCAAGCCGGCGCCUCAAUCAGCGUUUGGUCAGGAUGACCUGCUGGGAGACGAUGGUGGAGAUGCCAGCAAGAGCCUCAAUAACGAUUCCACUGAGCUGGCGAAUCUGUCAAACCAGAUCGGCUCCUUAUCUAAACAUAUGCAAGAGGUCCAGACACAGCGCGCCUCGACCCAGAAUGAGUUGAAUCAGACAACACAACAGAAGAAGAACUUCGAGCAGCGCCUUUCGCAGCUCCGGGCUUUGUAUGAGAAGGAGGCGAAGGAUGUCCGCGUUCUCGAGGAGCAGCUCAACACAGCGCGGAGCGAAACGAGAAAGAUCCAGGCUGAGAUGAUGACGCUGGAUGGGACUUACCAGGACCUCCAGACCCAGCACGCCCAGGUCUCGGCAGCUCUUCAGGCCGACCAACAAGAGAAUGCGAAUCUCAAAGAGCGUAUCAGGACUGUCAAUGCGGAGAUCGCACAGAUCAAACCCCAGAUCGAGAAGCUCAAGUCUGAAGCCCGUCAGCAGAAAGGUCUUGUGGCCAUCAACAAGAAGCAACUCUCGACCAAUGAGGCCGAACGCGACAGACUAAAGCAAGAGGCUGAGGACCUGACCAAGAGCAACGAAGAGCUCUCGCGCCAGGUCAGUGCUGGUUCGUCCAGCAACACUCCCGCGCCGGUGACUAGCCCUGCGUUGUCCGCCAGCAGUGGGAACAACCCCUUCUUCCGCCGGACUGGCAGCACCGAUAUCAUGGGCGCCUUCGCCUCUCCUCCCGCCAAGGCAUUCAAUGACAAGUCUUUUGACGAUGUGUUUGGCCCCUCACCACCCGCUGCCAGCCAAGGCAGUACCUCGCCUGUUGCGUCGUUUAAGCCACAGCACACUGGAGCAUCCACCGCCAGCGCUGGCUCUUUCGCAACACCAGCGACUGGGGGCACCCCGACUGUGAGCCGUCAAGCUACUCUGCAUGCCGAGCAGCCCCCACCCCCGCCGGCCUCUCGGCAGAUGAGCUCCAGCUUCCUGCCUUUUGCCGAUACAUCCGAAUCUCUCACCUCAUCUCGUCAAGUCUCGCCGCCCGGUAGCCGGGUCGGCCCCAUUGAGAAUACCCCACUGCCGCUGGAGCCAACCGCGACCGGGCAGAGCGCCGCGAGCGCAUCGCUGUCGGCCACAAACGAGCCUACUACCAAGCCGUCCGGCGCCGAAGAGACUCAGUUGGCCAGUGCAGUGACCAAGGACGAGCCUAAGGCUUCCCCCUUUGGCCACGCUCACACUGAUAGCGUUGGCGAUCCUUUUGCUGUCGCUGACCAGGCCAAAGCGAAGCAAGAUUUUGAAUCGGCAUUCGCCAGUUUCAAGAGCUCGAGGGGCAAGCCGGAGGAGCCAUCCUCCAGCAAGGAUGCCGCCCCUGCCGCCCCCCCAUUUGCGGCCUUCAAUACUGAAUUCCCGCCUAUUUCCGAACUAGAGCGCGAUGACGAGUCUGACUCUGAUUCUGACAAGGGAGGAUUCGAUGACGAUUUUGCCCCGGCGUCGCCAAAGGGUGCGGAGAAGAAGGCAGAAUCGCCGACUCUGACCAAGGCUACUGUUGCCGAUGAAGCCGAGACUCCUGCCCCAAGUGCGGAAGGGCCAGGGGCUCAGACUGCCGCUACCAGUGACAAGCCCGUUGCUCCUCCAGCAGUAACUGCUGCUAGCACCGCCCCGGCUAGUCAUCCGGACGUGCAUGACCCAUUCGGUGCAGCGAGUGACGCUCCUGCCGCCAAGAAGCCAGAAACCACCAAGGCGCCGUUCGAUGAUCUGGAUGACGACUUUGAGGGCCUUGAAGAUGCCAAGGAAGGCUCUGCGGAUGACGACUUCGCCAACAUCUCGCGGUCCGGCUUGGAUGACUUCAACCCCGUCUUCGAUUCGUCUCCCCCACCCAGCCGGAUCCACAAGACGGACACUGGCCUGACGAGCACGAGCGGCGCGUUUGGAACCGACAGCGGCUUCGAUUUUGGAAACCUGGGUGCGUCCACGGCAAGUGUCACGGCUCCCUCGGCGCAGAACGGCGCAGCUGCUGGCCCCGCUGCUGGCGCCGGCGGGAAGGCUCCCACUCCGCCUGAUGCUCAAGAUUGGGAUGCCAUCUUUGCCAGCCUAGACGAGCCCGGCACGACCGCCGCAGCUCCCGCAGAUGAGCAUCCCGCCGCCGCCGCCGCCGCUCCUGCUGCUGCUGCUGCUGCUGCAAAUCGGCCCGCUCUAGACCGUACCGCAACGGUGGAAAGCGAGCAUGACGAUCCCAUACUCAAGAAUCUCACAAGCAUGGGGUACUCGCGUAGCGAGUCCCUGAGCGCGUUGGAGAAGUACGACUAUAAUCUGGAGAGAGCUGCUAACUACCUAGCCUCUCAGUCAUAA